AUGAUGACGGAUAAAGUUGAACAAAUUGAUUUGGCAAAACUUGCCGAACAAGCUGGACGAUAUCCUGAUAUGUUAGCUAGUAUGAAAAAAAUUGCUGAAUCUAAUAGUGAUUUGACGAUUGAAGAACGUAAUUUACUGUCGAUUGCUUACAAAAAUGUGAUCGGUAAUUGUCGAGCAUCGUGGCGAAUAAUAUCAAAUAUUGAAUACGAAGCUCAAAAUACUGAACAUCAACAAGAAAUAGUCAAAACAUAUCGAAAAAAGAUUGAAAAUGAAUUGCAAGCUAUUUGUCAUGAGCUUUUAAGCUUACUUGAUAAACACCUCAUUCUAAAUGCAACAACAACUGAAUCAGAGGUAUUCUUUCUGAAAAUGAAAGGUGAUUAUUAUCGAUAUUUGGCUGAAAUAUCGACUGGCAACGAGCGACAAAGUAAAUUCGCGACAGAAUCGAAAGAUGCCUACACAACUGCUUUUGACAUAGCUCAAAAUCAAAUGGUGGCUACAGAUCCAAUUCGACUUGGUCUUGCUCUAAAUUUCUCUAUUUUUUAUUAUGAAAUUGCCAAUGAACCAGAUAUCUCCUAUCGUCUGACUAAACAGGCCUUCGAUGAUGCUUUAUUGGAACUAGAUGGCCUCAGUGACGAUGCUUAUAGAGAAAGUUCUGCUAUCAUGCAACUACUUCGUAAUAAUUUCAAACUUUGGACUAAUAAUGAAUAUGAUUCAAAUGGUACGAAUCAACAAGAAGAACAAUAG